CUCUCAUGAUCGAGCCAGGAUUCUAAGCAGAUCUAGCAUCAGUUUCGCCGUAGGCAACAGAAUGAUUCUGCUUAAUGUGCUUCAGAAAGCCGUUCUCUCUCUGAAGAUUUCUAGUGAUCCAUCAUCUAUUGCUUUUGUUGAGGCGCUACUUCAGUUUUAUUUGCUUCACAUUGUUUCAUCAUCGUCAUCUGGAAGCACUAUAAGGGGGUCUGGCAUGGUUCCCACAUUUCUCCCUCUCUUGGAGUAUACUGAUCCGAGUCACCUGCAUCUUGUGUAUUUGGCCGUUAAAGCACUACAGAAGCUCAUGGAUUAUAGCAGUUCUGCAGUUCCUCUACUCCGGGAUCUUGGGGGAGUAGAACUUUUGUCUCAGAGGUUAGAGUUAGAGGUUCAUCACAUUCUUAAGUUGACUGGAGAGAACAACAGUGAUAUGGUGGUUGGUGAAUCUUUAGAAAUAAAUGGUGAUCAGUUGCUCUCUCGAAAGAGACUCAUCAAGGUUCUUUUGAAGUCUCUUGGUUCUUCUACGUAUACUCCUGGAAAUGCGAAUAGGUCUCAAAGUUCUCAGGAGAGCACGUUGCCUGCCACUUUGUCUUUGAUAUACAGGAAUGCAGAUAAAUUUGGUGGCGAUAUCUAUUACUCAGCUGUGACGGUUAUGAGUGAUUUAAUCCACAAAGACCCCACAUCUCUUACUUCCCUGUUUGAAAUGGGCCUCCCUGAAGCAUUUCUGUCUUCAGUUGUAUCAGGAGUACUUCCUUCUUCCAAG